CUUCUCACUGGACGCUAUCUGCAGAGAGCCGUUGAGGAGAGGAUACUGCAGGGACAGAAUUACAAGGUAAGGCCGCAGUUAUCGGUACCACCUGGCAAAGGACUCGUAAUUCAAAUGAUCACCGCAAGAUACGGCUUCUCCAUGAGACAAAGGAGAUGUGUAAGGUUCACCUAUAGCGGUUGCAGAGGCAACAGAAAUCGUUUCAAGACGAUGAAGGAAUGCAAGAAGAAGUGUCGUUAUUGA